AUGGGAGUGCUUUACAAGUAUGCCGUUGGCCUCAGUGGCGCCAUGGUCGGACUAUCCGGACUUGCGCAAGCAAACGACUUCACGCCAUACGUCGACCCAUUUCUUGGCACCGAGGGCCCAGAGCCUGGGUCAUCUUAUCAAGGCGGGAACACGUUCCCCGGCGUAACACUUCCGUUCGGAGCUGUGAAAAUCGGCAUCGACACUACGAGAUGGGAUACCAGGUAUCAAGCCAAUGCGGGCUACACCGUCGAAGGAAAUGUCACAGCAAUUUCCAUGUUGCACGUCAGCGGCACGGGAGGCGCUCCGACUUACGGGCUGAUCCCACAAAUGCCUCUGACAACCUUGGAAGGGGUCAAUCUACUCGACAACUUGACUUACAUGCAGCCAAGAGCUGAGCACGAUGUUGCCGAGGUUGGAUACUACAAGACGUCUCUGGCAAGCGGCGUCAUAGCUGAGAUGAGCGCCAGCAUGCACGUUGGCAUCAUCAAGUACGAGUUCCCUCGCGACGGUGGCCGUCACAUCUUGGUAGACUUGAGCCACUACCUCCCAACUCGUGGCAAGGAGUCUCAAUGGUACAGCAAUGGUCUUUUGGAACGCAGCGAUGAUGGUUCUUCCUACACUGGUUAUGGUGUGUACAGGGAAGGCUGGUCUCUUGGCGGCGACUUCAAGGUCUACUUCUGUGGACAGUUUGAUAGCGUGCCUGAAGACGUCGGACUAUUUUCUGGCAUCUACACGGACCCGUAUUGGCCGAAUACUACAGAUGUCAAACCAUUCUAUAAUAACGACACAUCGAUUAAAGGUGGCGUGGAUGGAUACCAGUAUGCCGAUCGAGUUGGAGGCAUCUUUACGUUUCCAUCUAGUGUCGCUACCCUGACAUCCAAAGUUGGAGUUUCGUGGAUUUCGUCCGAGAAAGCUUGUCAAUUCAUCAAAGAUGAGAUUCCCCACAAUGACCUUAACCAGACGGUCAGCGACGCAAAGUCUCAAUGGAACGAAGAAGUACUCUCCAAGGUUGAUGUCAAGACUGAGAACCAGACGCAGUUGGAAAUGCUGUACACUGGACUUUACCAUGCGCACCUGAUGCCUUCCGACCGAACUGGCGAAAACCCUCACUGGGCGACUGAAGAGCCGUAUUACGACGACUUUUACACGCUUUGGGAUACCUUCCGCUGCACUCACGCACUAAUCUCGUUGAUCUUACCCAGCCGUCAGGUUGAUAUGAUCCGAGCCAUGAUUGACAUCUGGCGGCACGAGCGAUUCCUGCCGGAGGGUCGCAGUCACAACCACAAUGGACGUGUUCAAGGCGGCUCCAACUCCGACAAUGUUCUCGCAGAUGCCUAUGUCAAAAAGCUUGACACUAACGGGCUCAUCAACUGGGCGGAUGGGUAUGCCGCCGUACGAACUAACGCCGAGAUACAGCCAUACAAUAACUUUGAUUUCAACGACCCAACAGGAAGCACCAAGGAGGGAAGAGGUGCCUUGGAUGACUGGAAGAAGUAUGGGUACGUAUCUGUUAACUAUGGCAGAAGCGUAAGCAAGACCGUCGAGUACUCUCUCAACGACUUUGCUGUGUCGCAAAUUGCCAAGGGUGAGGCACCUGAGGAGGCGGCAACCUAUCUGAACCGCUCAACUGGCUGGCAAAAGAUCUGGCUCAAGGAUGCUAAGGCACUCAACUUCACUGGCUUUCUCGCUCCCCUCGAACCCAACGGUACAGUUCUACCAGGCUAUAGCCCACUCGAAUGCGGAGAAUGUAACUGGCAGGCCAUCUCUUAUGAAGGCACGCCAUGGGAGUACAGCUUCACUGCACCGCACGAUAUGUCCACCCUGAUAACCUUGAUGGGAGGUCCCGUUAGCUUUGAGCAUCGACUCGACACGAGCUUCAUACCCGGCUUGGCCGAGCAGGAUCAAGGAAACAACGGAAUCGGAGAUAUGAUUUACAACCCCGGAAACGAACCCAGCUUCAUGACACCGUUCUUGUACAACUACGUCGGACGCCGGCAAUGGAAGAGCGUGAUGAGAAGCAAGCAUAUUGUCGACGACUAUUACCACGUCGGUGCGAGCGGCAUCCCCGGCAAUGAUGAUGCGGGAAGUAUGAGCAGCUGGCUCGUGUGGAACAUGCUCGGCCUGUAUCCGGUUGUCACGCAGCCUGUCUAUCUCGUUCUUUCGCCACGAUUCGAGGAAAUUACUAUCCGUCUGGGCUCGGAUGGCGGACUCUUACGGAUCACCGCAACUGGUCUUGAGCAAGGCCCGUAUGUUCAAAGUCUGAAGGUUAACGGAAAGGAGUGGAACAAGAGUUGGGUCACUCACGAUGAACUACUUGGGGAGAACAAGCAGGGAGGUCUGCUUGAGUUUGUGUUGGGCGCGGAGCCCGCGGAGUGGGACUCGGGCGAGUUACCGCCCAGCCCGGGUGCCCUUUGA